GCUCCAGCAGCCUCUCUAAUAGCGGGUGUCACACAGCGGUGCCACCAUUCGCGUCCCGGAGUGUCACAGGCAGGGGCCGCGGCAGCCCCGGUGCGGCGGGGAGCAGCGAUCGCCCGUCCGUGCGCUCAGGGCGCGGAGGAAGAUGAGAUAAAGGCACUCAGAUGGAGGCCAGGUCCACCAGCCUCAAGAGGUUUGGCAAGCUGAAGGUGGUCCGUCGGCGCCUGCUGCAGCAGUAUGAGCAGCAGCACUUCGUCUCCUGCCUGGCUGGCUUCUACAGCUGCCGCUGGAAGCGCUACCAGCGCGAGAGAACCGAGCCUGGGAAAUGCUGCUGCAACCUGCGGGAAUGCAUGUUUUUCCCAUUGCUCGUUGCAGCUUUCUGCUUUUCUCUGGUCUUUCUGUACACGUGGGGUGAAGGUAAAAAUGACUACAACAGCUUUGACUGGUAUAACUAUGGGAACCUGGGCUACUGGUUUCUCUGGUCUCUUGUUAUCCUGAUUGUGGCUGCAGUCUUGUUCGCAUACGUCUCACUGUUACUGGUCCUCGCGAUGUGUUUGCUUGCAGAAGGUCAGCGGCUGUACCUGCACUGGAGUCACAAGAUUGGUACUUUUCUUGUCCUGGGCUUCUCUAUUGCAUGCCUCUUUGCAUUAUCUAUGCUCUGGCGAGACCACCGGAAAACUGUCCGCCUGUCAUUCCAGGUCACAGCUCCUUACCUCCACAUAGGGGCAAUUGCCAUCAUGGUCCUUCUUGCCUGGCCUGUGUCUUUUCAUGCCAUCAGAGCAGAUAAGAAAGUUACUCAGGUGAUAAUUGUUGGUCCAUACCUGGCUAUGCUUCUCUUUCUUUUCUUGAUACCUCUGGGGAUGUACUCUCCUUGCAUCAGAGAGAUGGGAACACUUGGACCAAAGCCAGCCCUCAUUGGACACCGUGGAGCACCAAUGCUGGCACCAGAAAACACUGAGAUGUCAUUUCUGAAGACUAUUGAGCAUGGUGGGGAUGGGCUUGAAACAGAUGUUGCCAUAAGCUAUGAUGGGGUUCCUUUCCUCAUGCAUGAUGACACCUUGAGAAGGACAACUAACAUUGCAGAGGUCUACCCUAAUGACACUGGUAAAGCUGCUUCAUUCUUCUCCUGGGAUGCCCUGCGGAAACUGAAUGCUGGCACCUGGUUCCUUAAGAACAAACCAUUUGUAGGGAUGGGCUCCCUGUCAAAGGCAGAUCAAAAGCAGGCAAUGAAUCAGUCCAUUUACACGCUAAGUAGUUUUUUGCGCCUCGCAGACAGUCACAAUAAACUUGUGAUAUUUGAUCUCUACCGCCCUCCAGAGAAACAUCCUUACAGGAACUUGUGGCUCCGCAAAGUCCUGGAUGUCAUCCUCAAAGAGGCGAAGAUUAAACGCCAUCUGGUCCUGUGGCUGCAUAACAGCGUGAGGUCCUUUGUUCAAUCUGUUGCUCCAGGGUUUCAGCACACGAUGGGCAGAAAGGCACCAAUAGAAGACCUAUUAAAGCACAAUAUUGUCAAACUCAAUCUGGUCUACACUGACAUGUCCAGUGAAGAUAUCCGGAAAUAUGCCGCAGCAAACAUCACCACCAACUUCUAUGUGGUCAACGAGCCAUGGCUCUAUUCCCUGGCAUGGUGCUCUGGGGCACACUCUGUGACCACCAAUGCCGUCCACUUGCUGAAGGAUCUCAGCCAGCCACUCUUCCUCAUGACUCCACAGCAGUACAGCAUCAUGUGGAUCCUGACAGAUCUGACCUCUGCAUUCCUCAUCACACUCAUCUUUUUUCUGCAGUGGUGGCGAGAGAAGAAUUUCUCCUGCUGUCCUGCCGAGGACAGUAACUCGAUGAUAGAGAAUGGUGGCUCCUACAACAAAUUCAAGACAGAGCUCAGCAACAUGCCUCCCAUCCUGGCCUGACGUGGGCAGAGAGGGGACACGGACCUGCCAUCUCCAUG